GAAACAAUGCCGUGUGGCGCUGGCGGCGGCGCCUGAGGUUGCAGCCCGGGGACUUUCCGGCUCCCGCUUUUUCCGCUGGCCGCUCCUCCCCGCCUCCGGCGCGGCUGCGGCGGAGGGCUCUGCUCCUGCGAGGUCGCUGAUCUGCCGCCUUGCAUGUCGCCGGGCCCGGCUCGCGUCUCUGGGCAGCGGCGGGCAUCGCGGACUGGCUGCACGGCACCAGCCGCGGGUCAGAGCGGCCGCGGGGACUGCAGGUAAAAUGGAGCCGCCAGACUACCUGGAGGAUGACUUCUCUAGCCUGGAUGGGCUGGAUGAUGAUGUGUUCCACUCCGAUGACUGUAGACUUGCAAGUCAGCCCAGUGAGAUUACCUUUCCUGGCAUUUUUACACAGAGCCAGUCUUACAGUUGUCUGUUGGGGAGGUUCCAGCUCUUCCCACUUACACACUGUUGUGGACCAGGGACUAGGCAUGCCAAGCAGCAAGACAAGGCAACACAAACUCUCAGUCCAUCCUCUUCCAGCCAGGAUAUCAUGUUACCUUGUGGAGUGACUGAACCACCACAGAGACUUUUUUAUGGGAAUGCUGGGUACCGUUUACAUGCCAACCCAAUUGGUUUCUCAUUGAAUCCACACCUCCAGGAGGAACCUCAGGAAAACCCACAAGAACUGCGUACUGAAGUUCAGAUUGCUCGGAAGUUACAGUGCAUUGCAGACCAGUUCCACAGGCUUCACCUACAGAGGCACCAGCAGAACAGGAAUCACGUCUGGUGGCAGAUCCUUCUUUUCCUUCAUAAUGUGGCCUUGAACAUGGAAGCAAAUAGACAACAUGCGGGUCGGAGGUGAGACUUGGCCUGCCUUUUGCAAGGCACAUCCAGUCUGGCAGGAGCACUAAACAACUUCAGGACAGAGCUGCGCAUGUUGCUGAAUGGAUGUGAGGUUCCUGUGAAACAGAGGACCCUUUUGUGGAACAAAAGACUUCUUUAAGAAGAACUUGCAUUCUUCUUCUGUCUUCUGCAGAGAGGAGCUUUGGUCCAACACUGUUGACAAGAAAUCUUCCAAUAAGCGUGCAGUUUUUAAAACUGAAUUGCAAAUGAGUGGGCUGGUACUUCAGGAAGCUUCCAUUUUUGCUGAUGAUGAGCGUGCAGCAUUUUGUAACUUUAGCUGCUGGUUAUGGGGCUAAUGAAUCACAAUGAACACAAAGUUCAUGUGGGUAGUUUCCAAAUAAGACAUGCUUGACUCACCCAUGGGAAAAAGUUGAAGAAAAUCUGCCCAGACGAAACAGCAUUAAUUCAAUAGCAUACAUUUGCAGCUGGGCAGAAAGAGUUCAGUCCCUGCAUUUUGGGACACUGGUGUAAAAAAUGGGUUGGAAGCUUUUGAGUAGAGAUGUAAAUUUUACAGAAAUAUCAAAAAAUAUCAAAGCCAUGGGAGAAAAAGGAGGGGGGUGUUGGGUUUUUUUUCUUAAAAUAAAGGCAUCCUGAGGGAGGGGUUCAAGUAUAUGCAAUACUUAUUAAAUUUAAACAUUACUACUUUUAGUACAUAAAAUGUAUUUUAUAUAACUUUAGCAGAUGAAAUGGUACUUGGGUUUGGUAUAUUUAUGACAUUUAAAAGCUUAAAUGCCUUAAUCUUAUUCAAACAACCAUUACAAAUACUCCCAGUGUAUAAAAUGGAGUGACACACUGAUGCAUCCUAAGGUACUUUAAUAUGAUGUGACUUAGUUUUUGACAGUUGGGAAGAUACGUAUAGGCAAAAUUUAAAAAAAGGUGAACACCAUCAAUGUGGCAGAAAACAAAAGGAAGUUCUUGUUGUCACAGCUUAGAAAGGAUGGUCUGCAUCCGAAGAACGGUGUAACGUGUGCUGCUCGCCCAAGAAAACCUGGGCUUGUGUUUCUAGAACAUCAUCCCCCCCUUACCUCACGGCAAGCCACUUUCAAACCUGAAAAGAGUUUUAAAAGCUGUCGGCAAUGUGACAUUUUGAUUAUAUUGAGCAUGUACAAGACUCUCCUGUGCAAUUUAAAAUAAUUCUUUGGGUGGCGGCCAGUAUGUAGUCCUCAGAGUGAUCAUGCAGAAUCAGAAGAAACUCACAUUUUAAAGGAAAAGUCUCAUACAGUAAAUACACCUUAAUUAUAUUACAGGGAUAGCAAUACAUUCGGAUAUUCAGUAAAUGUUUAUAGUAAUAGUAUAUCAUUGUCAUACGCCGGUUGCAAUCCUGUGCAUGUUGACGGUGGGAGUAAACGCUAUUUCCAUGGAGACUUGCUUAUGAGCAGAUAAGCAGAGGAUUGAGCUGACAUGUCAUAUACAAAACUAGCUAUCCACUAUCCUGGACCCCUAUUUAUUUAUUUCUAUUUAUUUGAUUUAUAUUAAAUUCAGUCCCAUUAACUAUGCCCUUGAAAAUACCAGGAUAACUCAUGCUUAUUUAUCUAAUCAGAAUUGGCGUCUGAAAUAUCUGUAACUUGAUUCUGAACUUGCUUGAGCUUCAUGGUGUCAGGUAAUGGAAGGUUUCCAUGAAGUGAAACAAGCUUCUUAGUGUUUUUCACAGUUGUUUUCCUAAUGCGUGAGUGUGUUUCAGCCAUUGAUGCGUUUAUUUGAUUCAACGCAGAAGAUGAAAGUCAAGUGAGAAGCACGAGGAGUCAAGCGCUGUGUUCUAUCAUUCUGCUGUUACAGAGGCAAUAUACUUGGCAGACUUUGAAGGUGACAUAUGUCACCUACAUGUGACACAAGUCACAUGUUCUUCAGGGCAACUCACCUUAAAAACUGCUCCAUUGCUCUGUGCUGCUCAGACAACUGUGAGGGGGAAGGAGGGACUUUUGCCUUCAUUCCCUUGCCAUUUUCCUUAGUAGAAAUGGCUGCAGGGGUUCCAGUUUGCCCCUUCCUUGGUUUCCACAAGUCCUGGGAUCAUGCAAUGGAGGUCACGGAGCCGGAGAAAAGGACAAAUGGCACCACCAUGGCCAUAUCUGCUAGUGUGUAGCACCAAGCAAUGGAGCUGUUUUUAAAGUGUGCUUCCUGGUAAAUGUGGGAUUGGGGUCAGGGGAUGCCCAGCCCAACUCAUGUCACAUGUCACAUAUAGUGAGGCCCUUUGCACUCCUCAACCAAAUACCUGAAGUUCCAAUUCAGUUUCAGUGCUAUUGCUAGCAUUAUUACCUUUGAAUCUUGGAUCUAAACAAUUUGCAGCAGCAGUGUGACUUGGCUGUAUAUUCUUUUAAAAUAGUGCUUUCGUCAGUAUUUCAUUCAUCAGUCACAAAAAGUGAAUGUUUUCUAAUAGUUUCUUUAACCCUCCCCCAAAUUUCUAAUGUUUCCGUUUUAAGCUAUGGGCCCAAGAGGGGCUCUUCUCUACAAAUAUUGCACUAUUUUUGUUAGGUUUUCAAAUCUCUAUUCUUGAUUUCCAUCUGUGUUUGCUGCCAGUUUCUCCUGUGAAACUGCCCUUUGCAACAUUUGUGCUGAUUGAAAGAACUGUAUUGGAUACGUUAUUAUUUUUCAAAAUUUUCCAUGAGGAGUCGGUAACAUAUGCAUAAUACCAUUUUUUGAAAGGGCCACCUUUUCUAGUUAGUAGGCAGGUUCGUCCAGAGGUUUAGUUGUAGCAGUGAUACUUUUGCUGGUAGAAUAUGUUGGGAUGUCAAGUUUAUAAAAUCUCUCUGCCCCUCCUCUGCCUUUCUGAAAGCCCUCUGUCAUUCACCCUAAACCCUUGAUCAACUACCCAUCAUUUUCAUUUGGUAAGCCCCCUGGCGUUCUGAUGAACAAUAUUAAUCUUAUCCUGUUGCAGAGUCAGUUUAUAGAAUUUCAGCCAGUAUAUUUUCUUAGGGUUGCAAGUCCCGACCUGGCAAACAUUGGAAGUUCAGGGAAGCAGGGACAUGGGGAGGGGGUGGCUGUCGGUGACAGCAUGAUAUCACUUCUGGGGAAAACCCAGAAAUGAUAUCAUGCCUCUCUAGUAAUUUCUAGAAACUCUAUGGUUUCUAGAGAGGUGUGAUGUCAUUUUCAUGAAAAAUCCAGAUGUGAUGUCACAUUGUCAGCCCGAGGGGCAUUUUUAAAUUUAUUUUUCUCUCAUUACUGUUCUGGUCAGCGGCAGGAAAGAGGAGCUGGGGGCCCUGGGGGCUGGCAACCCUAACUCCUACUGCUUAGAAAUACUGAAGGAUGGCACGAACGAGCAUGACCUAGCAAAUAACUGUUGGGAUCUGUUCAUACACUUGGAGCAAGGUAGAACAACCAGUUAUUUCCUGAAUUGAGGCAAUUUUAGAAUUUCUGAGUUUUCUGUCAAUGAAGUCUUUUAUCCUUUCAGUGCUUAUUUAUAGAUUGCCAUUAAACAAAAGCGGUUCCAGGGUUGCCAGGUCCCCCCAGCAAUUGGCGGGGGUGAGGGGAACUUACCAGGUCACGGAGAGG